CAUUGUCAUUUCAUGCGGAGUUUUGGUAUUUCAUCAACGUUGCAAUUUGCCUGAAAUACUAUUAAGUUUGGUUAAAAUUCAAUGAAAAGUAUAUCGCUUUAUAUUAAUUAGUAAUUUUGCAAAAAUGGUAGAGGUAGAUAAUCAAAUAAAUAAUCUGUCGUUAAAAGACGAAGAGGAUGUUGUUGACCCAUGGAAUGUUUCAACUAAUUCUGAAACUGGGCUUGAUUAUGAUAAAUUAAUAAAAAGGUUUGGAAGUCAAAAAAUUGACGAAGAGCUCAUAGAAAAGUUUGAAAAAGUAACUGGAAAGAAAGCACAUCAGUUUCUCAGACGAGGAAUAUUCUUCUCUCAUAGAGACUUGAACACUAUACUAUCGCUGCAUGAGUCUGGAAGGAAAUUCUACUUGUAUACUGGUAGGGGACCAUCAUCGGAGAGCAUGCACAUUGGUCACAUGAUACCAUUUAUGUUUACAAAAUGGCUUCAAGAUGUAUUCAAUGUGCCUCUGAUCAUUCAGUUGACUGAUGACGAGAAGGCAAUGUGGAGAGAUAUCAAAGUGGAGGAUGCCCGCAAAAUGGCGCACAGUAAUGCCAAGGAUAUUAUUGCAGUUGGUUUCGAUCCAUCCAACACUUUCAUAUUUAAUGAUUUGGAUUUUAUUGGCCAGUGCCCAGCAUUCUAUCAAAAUAUGGUCCGGAUACAGAAGUGCGUGACCUUCAAUCAAGUCAAGGGUAUAUUCGGUUUUGGAGACUCUGACGUCAUCGGCAAGAUCACAUUCCCUUCAAUAGAGGCGGCGCCGGCGUUCUCUACCACGUUCCCAUUUAUAUUUGGUGAUAAAGUUGUGCCGUGCCUGGUGCCGUGCGCGAUCGACCAGGACCCGUACUUCCGCAUGAGCCGCGACGUGGCGGCGCGCCUCAAGCUGCCGAAGCCCGCGCUGCUGCACAGCACCUUCCUGCCCGCGCUGCAGGGCGCGCAGCACAAGAUGUCCGCCAGCGACCCCAACGCUUCUAUAUUCCUCAACGACUCUCCCAAACAGAUCAAGAAUAAGAUAAACAAAUACGCGUUCUCCGGCGGUAGGGCGACGGUGGAGGAGCACCGGGAGAAGGGGGGCAACACUGAUGUAGAUAUUUCAUACAAAUAUCUCACAUUCUUCCUAGAAGAUGACGAAUAUUUGGCAUCGAUUAAAAAAUCUUAUGAAUCCGGAGAAAUGUUGACUGGAGAAUUGAAGAAAAUCGCAAUAGACACAAUAACACCUAUAAUACAGGAGUACCAGGCGCGCAGAGCUAAAGUCACUGAUGACGUCAUGCAGGAGUUCUUCAAAAUUAGACAAAUUAAAGUAUAACCUCAAAAUGUUUGCUAUUUAUUUUGUAAAUAUAAGCGUACUUGGAUAUGUAAUUUUAUGCUA